UCGGAGCGGCACCUGCCGUGCCUGCCCCCCGCGCCCGGAGCCGGCUCCACCACCGCCCACCGUCCCGGCUGCCCUCCCCCUCCCACGGCAGCUCCCCGGGGCUGCACCACUGCUCGGCGUUGGAGGCCGCGCUGGCCCGGGCAGGCCCUGCCCCGCGGCCCCUCCCAGGCCGCGGCCUCGCAGGCCUCUUGGACGUGUAAACAAUGGAAGAUGAGGAAAAUCAAGUGCCAGCCCUGAAUGAAAAGCAGGUGCCGAACUCUGAAAGUACUUAUGUGUGCCAUGUCACCGACAUGAAUCGACUGCAACGUUUCUUGUGUUUUGGUUCAGAAGGUGGUACUUAUUACAUCAAGGAGCAGAAGCUGGGCUUUGGAAAUGCAGAAGCUUUAAUAAGACUGAUUGAAGAGGGUAGAGGUUGUGAAGUUGUUCAAGAAAUAAAGACAUUUAGUCAAGAAGGCAGAGCAGCAAAACAGGAGCCCCUGCUUUUUGCUCUUGCAAUUUGCUCACAGUGUUCUGAUGCAAAAACCAAACAAGCGGCGUUUAAAGCUGUUCCUGAGGUGUGUUGCGUACCAACCCAUCUCUUUACUUUCGUCCAAUUUAAAAAGGAUCUGAAGGAAGGCAUGAAAUGUGGCAUGUGGGGCCGUGCACUGAGAAAAGCUGUUGCAGAUUGGUACAAUGGAAAGAAUGGCAUGGCUCUUGCUUUAGCAGUUACAAAAUAUAAACAAAGGAGUGGUUGGUCUCAUAAAGAUCUUCUGAGGUUGUCCCACCUAAAACCUGCCAGUGAAGGAAUUGCUGUAGUCACUAAAUAUAUUACCAAAGGGUGGAAAGAUGUCCAAGAGGCUUACAAAGACAAAGCAGUUUCUGCUGAGACUGAAAAACUCUUAAAGUAUCUGGAGGCUGUGGAGAAAGUGAAACACACAAAAGAUGAGUUGGAAGUUACUCAUUUAAUAGAGGAAUAUGGUCUAGUUAGAGAGCAUCUCCUGACAAACCAUCUGAAAUCUAAAGAGGUUUGGAAGGCAUUGCUGAAGGAGAUGUCCAUUUCUGUACUGUUGAGAAAUUUAGGAAAGCUGACAGCAAAUUCAGUGCUUGAACCACAAGGUUCAGAAGUGGCGAUAGUGUGUGAAAGACUGAGAAAUGAGAAACUGCUAAAAAAGGGUAGAAUACAUCCAUUCCAUAUUUUGGUUGCAUUAGAAACCUACAAAACUGGACAUGGAAGCAGAGGGAAGCUUUGGUGGCGUCCCGAUGAAGACAUUUUAGAAGCUUUAGAUGCCUCGUUUUACAAAACUUUCAAGACAGUUGAACCAACAGGGAAACGCUUCGUGCUUGCAGUUGAUGUCAGUGCAUCGAUGACGCAAAAAGUUUUGGGCAGCGUGCUCAAGGCUAGCACGGUUGCAGCAGUGAUGUGUAUGGUUGUAGCACGUACUGAGAAGGAUUCCCAUAUUGUUGCCUUUUCACAUGAAAUGGUCCCUUGCCCAGUGACGGCUGAUAUGACGUUACCUCAAGUAUUAGUGAAAAUGUAUGAAAUUCCAAUGGGUACCACCGAUUGUUCCCUUCCGAUGAUAUGGGCUCAAAAAACUCAGACAGCUGCUGAUGUCUUCAUUGUAUUUACUGAUAAUGAGACCUUUGCUGGAAAUACUCAUCCUGCAACAGCUCUUAGAGAAUACAGAGAGAAAAUGGGUAUUUCUGCUAAAUUGAUUGUUUGUGGAAUGACCUCAAAUGGUUUUACGAUCGCAGAUCCAGAUGACAGAGGCAUGUUGGAUAUAUGUGGCUUUGAUACAGGAGCUUUGGAUGUUAUUCGAAACUUCACUUUGGAUUUGAUUUAAUUUUCCAGGCAUCUUGCUCCUCCCAGUGGGUCCAUUGCUGGCAACAGACUUCACCCUGGGAACUCGCAGCCAAAUAUACUGUAUUAGAAUAUGGCACAUUAUACACAUACCAGAAUGUUACCUUUUUGUGAAGGGAAAACAAGAAAAGCAGAUAAGGAAUCUCUUUUCUCUUUUUUCCUGUUGCACACAACUUAAAAUAACAGCGGGAAGUUUGCUAAAAGUAGCUACAGGGUUGGCUUUCAUUUAUAAUAGAUGAUAAAUACUGAGAGAUUUUUAAUUUUUCCCCCCACCAUUGCUGUGGAAUGCUUGUUUGCAAGAAUAAAUUGAUGAGUUACUCUUAGGAUAGGGCAGGGAAAAAAAGUGGGUUUAGUAUUUUUAAUAAUGUUGAUUUAACAGCAACUUUGUGAGGAAAUUUUCUUUGGACUUCUUAAAGUCUUUGUAUUUUUAAUUACUAGGGUUCAACGGUUUCCAUUGUUACACUUCAAAUCUACAAAAGAAGUAUUUUCUGAAACACGUGAGACCAUGUGACUGUGAUACAGUAUAAAAUUGGUGAAAUUUUAUACUGAUAAAACUGAAAGUGGAAGAGCUCAUGCUGAUCUUUUUCUGUCUAGAUUAUGGUCUAGGUUUUCAGGAGUAAAGUGUAAUUAAUGCUCUUUAGAUAAAUUGAGGGGCAGUUUCAAUGCAGUUUCAGAAGCACUAUUUUAGAACUAAUAUGUUUUACCAGAAGUUGUACAAGCUGGUUUUAGUAGAAAAAGAUCUUGGAAAUGCCUAGGAAGCUGCACUGAGUCCACGUUAUAACUUCAGGAAGCGUCAGCACACUUUCAGUGAGAAAAAUCAAGUGCAUGUGUCUUGGCUGGCUCUUGACAGCUGAACGGUAACAACCAGAAACGAAUAGCUACAUUUUUUUCAAAACAAUGUAUUCAGUAAUACAGAAACAAUCUUCCUAACAGGAGAGUAUUUCAUUUUUUAGAACCUUUUUGUAGAUUAAUGCUACUUCUGAUUUCUUAAAUUAAUUCAAGCUAAUAUUUUUUCAAAACUACCUCCGGUUUAUAGCGACCAAUUCUUAAAAACUUCUAUUAAAUGUACAGUUGCCUCCUUCAUGUUCUCAAAAUCUUGUUUAGGAAGUGAUUGAAACUGGAUUUUUUUUUCAGUCUAAUAGUAGGAGUGUGAAUAAAUAAGGAUAAAGCUAGUGAAUAUCUUAUCACUUUGGAACAGGAAUUGAUAGCAAUUCAUGUGUAUAUGUAUUUAAUUCUGUGUGUGUGUGUUUUAUAUAUGUGUGUAUGGGGGGAAGUUAAAAGAUCUCUUUAGUAGAUCACAAUCUUAGAAGAUGAGAAGGGGUUUUUAGUGAUGCUUUUACAACUUCCUCUAAGACAAAUGUAUGUCAGCCUCUUUUGUGCUAAUUCUGGCUGAUGAAUUUGAUGGCAAUGAAUUUGAUGUUAAUUUGAAAAUAAUCGUAAUUUAUAAAAAUAACCCAGUUGUGGUAAAUGAUGUGUAAGACCAUAUUUUUCUGCCUAAAACCCAAGCUUUUAAAUGUGAAAUUCAAGUUCAUGUUAUACUUUUGAUACUUGUAACACUUUUCAUUACGCCUCUAACGUAUCGAUUAUCAUUUCAAAGCUUGCAUUCUGUAGGUUGGAUAUCUCUUUUGGUGCUAAAACUUGAGGUUACAUGUUACUGACAGUAUUCUGCUACAUACUUUAAUGAAUACAUGAAGACAGUGAGGGAAGCUUUUUCUGACAUUAAAAUCAUGGCUUAAAGAACUGAUGGAAGGACUGUUACCUUUCAGUGGACACAAAUGUAGUUACUCCUGAAUUAUCACUGCUUCUGUGAUACAGCUCUGAUAGGAUCCUUGGAGAAUAUGAGAUUGCCACCAGCUUGCUGGGUGACAUCUAGAAAAAACAAGUGUUCCUACAACAGCUGAGACAUAGCACUUUGAGUUGGAAAAAGAGAAUUACCCAUUUUAUGAAAAAAAUUCUUACCACUUUUAGUCUCCUUUCUAAAUAAACCCCAUGAAUAUGGGGAGUAACCUCAUUUACUCAAUAUAUUUCAAGUUAAUGCACUGAUGUUUUGGGGUUGGUUUUGGUAGUUAUGUGUUUUUAAUUGCACAGUAGUCAAAACAUCUGAUUAGGUGUUUCUUCUAAGCUAGCGGUGUUGAAAAUGACUGAUAGAUAAGUAUCUUUGACAAGUACUUUUUCUUAUUUGGAGUAGUAUUUGUGAAGUAAUAGGAAAUAUUUUGGACUAAAUAUAAAAUAAAAACUUAAACAAGUAUUUCAAGUAACUUUAUGCAGCUAAUUGCAUAAAUUUACUGCAAGUAAAAGAUUACACUUGUUACUAACAGAUUGAAUGAAUGGUUUUAGUAGUGUUGCAUCUUUGAAAGCAGGCCAGUUUAAAAUCCAGUUCCUCGAAUUAGGGUGUAAGUGAAAGUGAACUUUUCAGUAGAACUUAGGGAAAAUGUAGCUCCCUGUAUCUAUUGACACUGGGUGGCUGUGCACCAUGUUAAAGGUAGUCAUCCGUUCUGGAGGAUGUAAUAUGCUCCUAAAUAUUUGCCAUAUCUCUGUGCUAAAAAGAUCUUGUUAGAAAUAGAAUAUUCUAAGUGUUUGGUUAUGUGCUGUAAAACUCGCACCAGUGAAGUCAGCUUGACAUCUGCUCCUUUAAGAUUUUCACAGAGAGGGGAAACUGAAGUUAAUGCAGAGAGCUGAAACUUUGUAGUGUGUUGACCUUUGUUUCUCCUGUUUUCUGUUUGGUUUUGUUAUUAUCUCACAGUAAGGGCCUUAGAAGAAUGAUGCUGCAUAUUCCUUUUCCAUACGCUGGAUCUUUUAUCUGCCCAGAUAGUGAAUGUUAGGGGACAGGAUAACUAAUUUGCCAUAGCACAAAUUUGUCCUGAUUUUAGUCUUUAGUUACUAAGCUGAUAGUUUCCAAUUUGAUAACUGGACAUGUAAAGUGGCAAUAAUUACUGUAAUGUUAAAAAAAAGAAACAGUAAGUGAGCUAAGGCAGAGUUGCUAAGCUUAAGCAUUAGUUCAAUGUACAAUGAAUAACCUCCCCUUUCACCAAAGAGGAGACACUGACUUUUUCGAAUUAAUAGUGUUGUUUGCAUUGGAGGAACACUUUGACUAACAAAAUAAGAAUGGGGCUAUAAUUGUGCACUGCAGUGUACCAGUAAAAAUGGAACAGGGACAAGUUAGUUAAGUUUAUUCACAACAUUAAUAGAAAAAAAAAAAGUCUAAAUGCAGAGUGCAGCUGCAGACUGGGUUAAUGCAGGUUUCCUGAUGUCUGACAGAAUUAACAGGCUUUCGGUUGGGCUGCCAUUUCACUGUGACCCCCUCCCAGUUCUUAAGUAGUAGACUAUCAGGUCUAAGACUACAAUGUUCAGGCACUUUAGCAUCAGAAAGAACAAAAGGGUGUAAUGGUUGGAAGCACAGCGGGGGUAAAACAUUCUUGUGGAAUGAAGGACUAUAAGGAAUGAACAUUAAGGUCAACUUUCUUCAUGGAAGGGAUACGAUCAAGAAUGUGAAGAGGGCAGAAGGCACUCAAGAUUUCUUAAAAAUCACGCAAUACAUACAUCAGCACUGUGUAAUAAAUUGGAUAGACAGUAAUAAUUUUGCUGAGAAAUAGAGUUUUGUGUCAGGAGUUUAAGACCGGUAGCAAAGAGGAGGAGAAUUUGGGCUGCUUGUAGAAUUAGGUGACAGACAAAAUACGGGGGCUUACCUACUUUCCUUUGUGUUUAAAAAAAAUGAAGUCUAAAAGUAGGUGUGAAUCUGAAGUCUGCAGGGCCAGUCUAAGUGCCCACUAUGUGGAGGCCACUAAAAGCUGGCGCUAAAAUAUCUUGCUGCUUAAAAUCCCUCUUAAAACUGUUUGUUAAACAUAAAUCAUUAGGGGUGUUGUGUUGUUCUUUUUUGUUGUUGUUUAAUUGGGGCCCAUAAAUGGGCAUGGCUUUAAAAGGCUGUUCAAUGAACAAUAUAUUCUUGGCUUAAAAAGUACACCAGCAGUUUUGGAAAUGUGUUUUAAUAAUGCCUCUGUCUGUAAAAAACACUAAGGAAAUCUCUGUUGCAAAAUGUUCUGCACUCAACCACAUAGCUAACUGAAAGCCACCAUACCAGAAGCAUUAGAAUUGCUUCCUUUUAUUUAGUUUCUUGUCUUACCGGUUUGCUUUGUCCUUCCCUGCCUCUGUUAAUAUUAGCUUUUUUUCUCCUUUCUCAUCUCCUUGUCACCUUAAACCUGUACUUGAAUCUCUUUUCACAUAUAAACUCUUGUCCAUUCCUUUUUUUUUGGCUCCCUCUGUUCUUCAUUGAGCGUGCUGGCUUAGCUAAAUAACUGAUACAUGAACUGAUAUCAUAGUAUUUAUCUUAAUUUAAAAAAAAAUGGAUAAAUUGUUACAUUUCUUUGAUUAUAUAAAUCUCUUACAAAACAUUUAAUUUGCUGUAUCUAUCAGAUCUUGGGUAAAACUUUGUGUAAAGAUCAGUGACAAAAGUAUACUUUGCUUCUCUAAAAAAAAUCCAACAUCUGCCUGAGAGUGGCUUUAUUUUCAUAAAAUAACCGCUUAAAAUAGGCCUUUCAAAUUUAAAGCUUCUUUCUAGAGUUAGUUCAGCGGGUUGGAGCUUUCCAUACUGUUGAAUAUUAUCUGGCUACUGUAAUAUGCAGAAUUAGGGAAACGUUUAAAUUAAUAUUCUGGAUAAACGAGCAGUUUCUUUGAAGUAUUGAUUAGAGAAAAUGUUCAAAGAAUAGGAUGUAGAAGUAAGUCAAAGCAAAGAAUCAUUUGUCUUGCUUGCGCUUUUAAUCUUUUUUGUAAGCAUUUAAUUGGUUUUGAGGUUUAUUUUGCUAUUUACAAUGUUUCACAGUGGACAAAUAUACUGUAAGUAAGCUGUUUGUAAUGACUAUUGCUGCAAUGGUAGAAACUUCAUCUUGCCAUGAUACAGUGUCGUGUACAACAUUGCUGAGUAAGCGUUAUGGGAAAGGGUAAAACACUAGGACAGUGGAUUAUGUAUGUGUUGCUUUGAGAGCUAAAAUUUAAGCUUAGCUAAUGUCAGCAGAAGGUAUGGUAUCUUUCAAUAUGUGUGCUUACAUUUGGAUUUAUAAUUUUGAUACUGUAAAUUGUGGUUUCUUUAGGUAUUUCUGCAUUCUGAAUUUAAGUUUAAAUAUAUAGAUUUGCAUAUAUAUGUGGUAUGUUGAGAACUUUUAUAAACGCGUCAUUAACAAAUAAUGAACAUAGAAAGCUGUUUUCCUAAUGUUACCAGCUUCUUAGAGUUAAGCACAACUAGUUAAAAAUGUCUUUCCUAUUACAUUCGCCUAUAAAAGUGCAGUUCUACUCUUUAAACAUAAUUCUGUAUAAAGCAGCAGCAGAUGGGUGUGUUCAGAGCCCUGUCUGCUUAGUUAAAUAACUUGAUCUCUUAUUUCCAGCUUCACCCACUCCUUAGGAGCGUGGUGGUUAAGCUGGAUAAGCAGGUACGUCUUAAGUGUAAGUACAGAAUCUUUUAGUGGAUAAUUUUUAACAUUCACAUCCCAGGGCAAGCGUUAUUUUAAGAUAAACAGCUUCGUCCUGGAGACAACACUAAGUAAAAUGUAUGGAAAAUUUUACUGAAUAUUUUUGAGUCCCCCUUUAUUUUUUUUUUCCUAGAGUAGAACCACACUUUAACCACCAUAUCAUGUUUAAAUAACUUAAACAUGACAUGGCUUUGUGCCAUCCAGUAAUGAAGGCACCGUCUUGCUGCUACUUUCUAUGAAAUGAUACGAAACUAAUGAGAAACUAUUUGGAUGGGGAGCCUUAAUAUGAUUAAAAAUAAACAAUUAACCCUUUGAGUGCCUUAAGACAUAACUUCUUUUAUAAUCGGGCACUCACUUGGACCUGCAGGCAUACAUCAUCUUUUCUCAACUAUUGGAACAGAAUAUUGCCUUAAGUGACAGUGCCCUGGGAUUUCUCAAACUUAGAACUCAAAGGGUUAUUUUACACUACUGGUUUGGGACUUUUUUUUUUUUUUUAACAGGGAACAAAAUUAAAAGGUCUUUGAAAAAUUUCUUUGCAUACUAUUAUUAUUUUUACAUGAUGGAUUUACCAGCUUUCAGGUGUAAGACUAUUGUUAAUCUGAGAAAACAUAACUGGCCUAAGAAUUCUACACACAGUAAAAAAUACCUGGUUACCACUGUAUCUGCAAAAUAAAUUGUUUUAUUAAGUAUAAAUUUAGUGAGAGAUGCACAUUUGUGUGUGUUUACCUUGAUAAGCGUGUCCUUGUAAAUGAAAUUUUAAUAAGGCAGUGAUGGAACUAGCAUAAUACAGUAAACCGCAAUAAUAAAAAUAUAACAAGGUCAGUGUGUUGAACUCAUUACACAUGCUAAAGAUGCACAGUGCAGGAAACUAUACUAAAGACUUUCUACAAACGAUGCGGUUUAAACUUAUUUCAAACCCACAUCACAAAAAAGCAGCUGUCAAAUGUAAAUGAUACUCUUACAGCCCUAGUUAUCUGGAAUUGAAUGGGAUGCUUUUUUCCUUGAGGGGAAAAAAGUUGAGGUGCAUGCCGUGCUGAAAGCAAUGGAAAUAACAAGUCUUAUUCACAAGAAGUGAGUAAAAAUUCAUUUACUAACGUUUCUGUUCUAAACUGUGCACCUUUAGUAGUGUAAUGGUCCCUUUUACUGAAGAAUGUGAUAUAAUUUUCUACUUGCAUAUGAACUUUCAUGAAAUAACCAAGAGUCUUGGCAUUGCCUGUUCUGGCUUUGGGUGUACAUUGUACUGAAACUAUUGAAUUUUAGACAUUUCUUUUAGACAUAUAACUGCAAGUUAAAAUUACUAGUAAACUGCAUUCUGACUGUAGAAUUUAAGUACUAAAUAAACUCUAUGCAUAUUAGACCCA